CAACUCUAGACAGCUUUCACCACAACGCUACCUCGCCCCUGUUAUCAAUUGGCGUCAGUGAUAGAACUGUAAUCUGUCUAACCCACCCUACUAUCUCAAGGCUCCACCGAGUAAUACCGGAUGACGCGCAGCAAAAAUUUGCGGCGAUAUCGCGCCUGCCAGCGUUGUCGCCGCCGAAAGCUGCGAUGUGUAGACCACAACACAGGUUCAGGUGACCAUCAACCCUGCUUCGAAUGUUUUCGUGCGGGAGAGACAUGCCUAGCCGCCGAUUCGCGACGUGGAGGGAAUUACUCCCACCUGCGAGCAUCCAAGGCAAGGCAACCAACACCAGCCAGCUCAAAUGGAUCGCCCUCCCCAGCUGCCGACUAUCACAUAGAUCAGGGGACGUUAACAGCUGGUAUAUCCGACACAGGACAGACGUUACAUUCCAAUCAUUCCCAUGCGUCCAUGUAUGCCGAGUUAAAUAAUCCGGGCGAUGCUCUCCAAAUCCUGUCUAGGAUCGCAACGAGCGAGAUCAAUUCUUCUCAGGAUAGGGUCAAUGUGGGGGCUGCCAUCCCACCCUCGAGCUCGAGCAUCGGCGGCAAUCGUGACUUGGGAAGGGCGACGACCCAACGCCAUUUGAGCACGACCUGUGCAGAAUCAUCCGAAGCGGAAUAUCUUGUUAAUCACGUACUAGGUGUCGCCACAGCCAGUCAAUUGCUAGAACAUUACGCGCGGAAUUAUCAUCCGUUCGCACCACUGGCAUCAAAGAAAGUGCUUGAUCCCUUCAAUAUUAGUACAACGGCAAUCGAAGAGCCAUUACUGCUUGUGGCCAUCCUAACCAUAUCAAGCAAAGACGACAACCAAUUCUUGAAUGUUUAUCAGCAGUGCUGGUGUUAUUUGAAGCGGCAAAUGUUAGAUCUUGUCCUAGCUGUUCCAUCGACUUUGCAAGUAGGGUCAGUCGAGGGCCUACUUCUUUUGUCUGAUUGGCUAACCUGCAGUCGAGAUGGCGUCGGCUCUUCUGGUUUACAUCACAGAAAUCUCAGUACUUCUGAAGAUAACAUGGCUUGGUCCUUGAUCGGCCAAGCAGUCCGACACGCUUAUCUCCUGCGUUUAGACCUGGUUUCUUUCCGCGAAAAAGUGCCAGGUGAGUCUCGGGAACUGGAAGAUAGGAAACGCUUAGCAUGGAUCUUUGUCUAUAUUGCCGAUCGGCAAAUAUCGGUUCGAAUGGGCCAAUCUUUCUGGUCGCGUGGACCAUCUUUAUCAACCAAGUUUACCGCCGACGACUUUCCCAGUCUACAAUUGACCGAGGAUUCUGAACACUGCUAUGCCUCUGUUUUACAAGCUACGAUUGAACUCACUCAAUUGUUGCACAACGUCAAGGACGUGCUCUACUCAUCCAAGGCACGAACUGCCCAAAUAAUGCUUGUGGGUGAUUACAACCUAUACCUCGAUGAUUUUCGUCGGUCAUUAUCCAUCUGGCAGGAGACUUGGGGCAGCUUGAAUGCGUCACCAAAAUUGAAAAGCACUCUGACGAUUGUUUAUGAAUAUGUUCGACUCUAUGUUAACGCCUUCUCAUUUCAGUCACUUAUAACGAGGGCAUGCCGUGAAGACGCUACAGCCAAUACAGACCGUUCGUUCAACUUGUUUCCGCGGGGUAUCAUGGGCUCGACCGACGGAGCUUAUAUAUUCGAAGCAACGCAUGCUGCUAAAACCAUUAUCACUAUUAUGACAGAAACAGAUCCUACGGUGCAUGUCCGCUACAUGCCAACGCGAUUCUAUAUCUAUACAAUAUAUUCAGCAGUUUUCUUACACAAAGCCGUCGCGUUCGGAGCUUUUUCAACCAAAGAGGAAGAAGCUGAUAUUCGAAACCUCGUCUACACAUAUAUUCUUAUCUUACAAGAGGCGGCAACAAAUGAUUCUCACAAUGGAUACCGAUAUAGUAGUCUAUUGAAAGCUCUUUGGUUUCCCGGUGAGACCGGCUCGUCAGCUCCAUAUUGUGGAAAAUCCGGAGAGGCUUCAAGCGAACCUCAACGGAUGGAUUAUAAUAAGGAGCCGUCAGCCCCAUCUGAGCCUAUGAAUUCUCAAACCACUUUUCACGAUGACUACAACAACGGCAAUCAUAGCGCUUUCCGAAAGGAAAUGGCUUUGCCCAUACUAGAUGACGGUAUCCUGGACCCUUUCUUUCCUUGGCUGGCAGACAUGAGUACACCGCAAAUGGACACGGGUGGUACGGAUGCAAGCAUUGGCGUUAACGCUUGGAUGAAUAGUUUCUUUAGCGGACUAGCUAAUUACUGAAUAAAUAAGACGACUGUACUUUUAAGAACA